AAAGGAGAAAUCUCAAGUCACCUGUGAGUCUGUGACAUCAAGAUCAAGAUUAAGACCCUGAAGAAGAAGAGGAGGACAGCCACAACAACAACAAGUUAGCAUCCAGCCCCCCAGCCUCCACCAUGCCUGCAGGUGCGGAGGAGGUGUUCUCCAACCCCUUGGCUCCCCCCGGGGAGGCCAUAAUAGAUGACAGGCCCCAGCGCUUGACCAAUGCAGACUUCCGUAAGCUGUUGAUGACGCCCCGAGCCCCACCAGGGACUCAGAAGGAGACAGUUGCCUCCACAGGAACCAAGACACCGGGCGGCACUGAGCCACCCACACAGCGCCGGGAAAGCAAGGAUGAUGCAAGGGCAGCUGAGAGAAAGAAAAAAAAGAGCUACUAUGCCAAGAUCAAGAAGGAGGAGGAGGAGAAGAUGGCAGAGCUUGCUGAGAAGUACCGCGACCGAGCCAAGGAACGUCGCGAAGGCAAGAACCCCGACUACCAGGCUGAGGACCCCUCCCAGGCAGGCAUGGGUGGCUACAGGGCUGUGGCUCCAGACCUCAAAUCGGGCCUGGAUGCUGCUGAACGCCGUAAACAGAUGAUCCAAGAGUCCAAGUUCUUGGGUGGUGAUAUGGAGCACACCCACUUGGUGAAGGGUCUGGACUAUGCGCUGCUUCAGAAGGUGCGCUCAGAGAUCCAGCUGAAGGAAUCUGAAAUCAUUCUUGAGAUGGAUCGUCCUGGCGUAGAGCCCCCCAAGGAAAAGAAACCCGCCCCCCCUCCCCCAGUUGUAGUACAAGAAGAGGACGAACUUGUGUUUAAGACCAACCAGGGGAGACGCAUCUUCAACAGCGUCUUCAACACCAAGCCUGCAGAGUUUAAUGACCUGUUCCUGACUGGCCGUAUGGCAUAUGCUAUUGAUUUAGAUGAUGACAUGGCUGAGAGUGACAUCCCUACCACUGUCAUCCGCUCCAAGGCUGAUCUCCAGGGAAUAGAGAACAUGCAAGCAACAUUCACCACCAACGACAUCGUCAUCCAAAAACUGACUCAGAUCCUCUCGUACCUCCGCACUGGACGAGCCAACAAGAAGCAGAAGAAGAAGGACAAAGGAAAGAAUGAGUCUGCCAACCGAGCUGCAGCGGACGACAGCAUCUACGGAGAGAUUGGGGAGUAUGUGCCCUCGGUUGGCAAGGCUAAUGACCGGGAGAAGGAUCGCGGGGACCGAGAGAGAGACCGGCACCAAGGCAGGGAUAGAGACCGGGACAGGGAACGAGGAGACCGCCGGGACAGGGACAAGGAGCGAGGAGAGCGCGACAGAGACAGGGAGAAGGACCGCCGGGACAGGGACAGAGACCGGGACCGAGAACGUGAAAGACAUGAGCGUGACCGGGAACAUGACCGAGAGAGAAAGCCGCGCUCAUACUUCAGCCGGUCAGCUCACGAGGAAGUGAAGAAUGAGUUGCGUGCUGCAGAGGAGAGGCUGCAAGCCCAGUGGCCCACAGGUGCUGACAUCAAGAUGGACAAGCAGGCCUCACAGCUUCCUCAAAUAGCACCUCAGCUACCCCAGGGUCAGCAGCAGCAGCAACAGCCCCAACAGCCACAGCAGCCCAUUCCACCACAGCAUGGACAGCAGCCCUCCAAACCCGUCAGCAGCCUCCUUGUUGGCAACGACUACUACACGGAAUGUUACCCUGGAAUGGCAGAGAUGCAGGAUGCCAUCGAUGACUCCGAUGAUGAGGCAGACUACACCAAAAUGGACAUGGGCAACAAGAAGGGUCCCGUGGGUCGCUGGGACUUUGACACACAGGAGGAGUACAGUGACUACAUGAACCAGCGGGAGGCCAUGCCCAAGGCCGCCUUCCAGUACGGCGUGAAGAUGGCGGAUGGCAGGAAGACUCGUCGCAUCGGAGGAAACAAGGAGAAGGACCGCAACGCCGAGCUCAACAGGGAGUGGCAGCAGAUCCAGCAGAUUCUGAAGCGCCGCAAAGACACAGAUGGCGGCGGAGGACCGGAGAAGGCAGCAAGAUAUGAUUACUAAUAAGGAAAAAAACUAUAUGGGAUGACUGCAUGAAUUUUUUAGUACAUCACUGCUUCUCAAGUUAAGUAUUUUAUAGAAUACUACUCCAGGCAUAUAACUGAUUAAGGGAGGGAAAAUAUAAAAAAUCACUAUGCUAUUUCUGUGACCGGUGUUGAUUGAGACUAAUUGUUGUAUGACAAAAUAGUAGGCUACAAUAAUAUAUAAAGGUGUGAUGAGAAUUUUACGGAUGCAUUUGUAAAGGAAGAUCCAGCCUAUUCGACACUAUUGAAACUGUUAAGAGGUCAGUGGCCAUGGCCUACAUUUGCCGACAUUUUCUUUAAAUGUGUAUAUAUGAAAAAGCUGAAAUAUAACAAUCUUAAAUAGUG